AAGCGAAUGGGACGAGCAGCGUACAGCAAACACUGGCAGCUUCUCAAACGGGUUGACGUCGUUAGCAGCUCGAGCUGAAUUAGCUGUGGAGAGUCGAUAAGAUAAACAGCGAACUUAUUUUUUUCCCUUUCCUUCUCUGUAUUUUUUUUUACCAGUUUAGAACGGCGUUUUUAAGGUUUCGAGUUGUUCAGUCGUCUGAGCGCCUAGAUUUGUUUUUGACGUCGCUUGUUUGUUUAUAUGGGCCGUGGGUGCAAAUCGGGUAGGUCGACGUUAGCUCGCGGUUAGCAUGUUGCUACGUUUUGCUCGAUUAAAAAGAACCACGGCUAAGACUUACAUUUUAUUUUAGUUAACUUUACGGUACGUUAAACAAUUGUCUAACUUUGUUGUCGUUUAUUUUCAUACCCGUCGUUCAUCCAAGUGGAUGUUACUUUUAAGUUUAUUCGAUUAACCUCUGGCUGCUUUUACGCGUGUUGAAAAAAAGGUACGUAAUUGUGCUUGUUGAAUCCAGAAUGAGUCCCAAUCCACUCCCGAUGGCAAGUACACGGCCACGUUCGGGUGUUCGGUUGGACGGAAGAGAGAUUCGAUUAAUACGCUAACUUGUAUAUAUAUAUAUAUAUAUAUAUAUAUAUAUAUAUUUUUUUUUCCCAAUAUAGUUGAGUAGAUACUAUUGUUUUACUUAUAUUGAAUUACUCAUGGAGGUUGAGAUGUUGCUCCACCCGCUCUCUCACCCGUCCGCACCGGGCAUUUGCCCGGAGAUGCUGGAGGUGGCAGCGGAGGCAAACCGCGCCGGGGACUACAAUUUGGCCGCCGAAAUCUACAGCUCGCAGCUGGCCGAUCUCCAGCAACCCGACCGAGGCUUGUGUCUACGCAAAGCCGACACAUUGGUGCGUGCCGGCCGACUCUCCGAGGCCCUGGACUCUUACUGUACGGCGGCUAGCCUUGGCAAGCUGCGGCCGGAGGAACUGCCACUGCUGGUUGAGAGCAUCGCCCGGGGGUUGCGUGAGAAGGAACCGGGCCUCCGGAGGACCACCGGCGGUGAGGAAGGCGAGGACGCCGACGGGGAAAGCCCCGAGGACGACCCGCUGGACUUGUUCUCUUGCGGCUUGUGUCGUUGUGUCCUUCACGAACCCUCCACGGUGGAGUGCGGGCACACCUUCUGCAGACGCUGCCUGGAGCCAGAUUCGGUGAAGGACUGCGUGCACUGUAAGCGAGCCCUGGCCCGGAAAGAGGGACUGCCUAACGGCCGCCGGUUGAACGUGGUGCUCGGCGGCCUGUUGGAUAAACUUUUCGCCACCGAGACCCGAGCACGCAGACUGUGGAUUGAAGGCGAGGAGUUGUGGCAGAGCCGAAACCUAGCGGAAGCCUUGGAGAAAUACAACGAUGCUGUGGAAUUGGCGCCAUCUUCAGGACGGCUGCUGUGCCAACGGGCCGAAUUGCACAUGGACAUGGACAACGUGAGUCAGGCGGUGCGGGACGCCAGCAGCCUGUGCCAGAUCAAACCUCGGUGGCCAAAGGCUCACUACCUGAAGGCCACCACGCUGAGCAAAGCGGCACGGAACGACGAAGCCCUGGAAGAAUAUUUCCUAUGUGUGGCGCUCAAACCCGACUGGACCAAAGUUCGAGUGGAGGCUCAGAAGGUCCUGGCCGAGCUCUUCUCCUCUGUUUUCGAAAACCAAGACAUGCCCACGCCGCUGCACCCCCUUCAAGGCGGGGUGGCCUCGCGCCCCAUCAAGCCCCCAGCUCUGCUGAGGACGCUGAGACCCCUUGCCCAGAAACCGUCUUUAUCCACACAGGAAUUUGACCUGAGCAUGACGAAAAGCACUGUGACUGAAGAGUCUUCAUCCAGACAGCGCGACUCCAUUGCGCCACCAGGCGAGGGCAGUGGCACCAGUGCCAGCAAGAGCCUGGCUGACGUCCUGGCCUCCCUACCGACACCGCCCACUGGUUUUAAGAGGAAACAGAAUGACGAAUGCUCCUCCAAUCCCCCCACAAAGAUCCUCAAACCCGGCGAGGCGAGUGAUGUUAAGACAGCGGCUGCAUACAGAGGAAGAGUGGUUCCAUCCGAGCUAUUGGACAGCGGCGACUUAGAGUGCUCACUCUGUAUGAGGCUUUUCUAUGAGCCCGUGGCCACACCCUGUGGGCACACCUUCUGUCUGAAGUGUCUGGAGCGCUGCCUUGACCACAACCCUAACUGCCCUCUGUGCAAGGAGAACCUCUCAGAGUUUUUGGCCACCCGGGGCUACAAUAAGACACUGCUGAUGGAGGAGAUACUGCAGCGUUACCUGGCUACCGAACUGGCAGAAAGGAAGAAGGUCCACGAGGAGGAGAUGAAAGAGCUCUCCAAUCUGAACCAGGAAGUGCCCAUCUUUGUGUGCACUAUGGCCUUCCCCACAAUCCCAUGUCCAUUGCACGUCUUUGAGCCGCGGUACCGCCUCAUGAUCCGCCGCUCCAUGGAGACGGGCACCAAGCAGUUCGGCAUGUGUAUCGCCGACGAGCUGAAAGGCUUCGCCGACUACGGCUGCAUGCUACAGGUCCAAGACGUCAAGUUCUUCCCUGACGGCCGCUCUGUAGUGGAGACCAUUGGAGUGUCUCGUUUCAAAGUCUUAAGUCAUGGCCAGAGAGAUGGCUACCACACCGCCAAAAUAGAGUACCUAGAAGACAAAAAGGUAGAAGGUGAGGAGCUGGUCCAGCUGCUCAAGCUGCACGAUGCGGUCUAUGAACAAGCUAGCAACUGGUUCACGUCGCUCAAAGACAACAUGAAGACUCAAAUCGUCGGACACUUUGGACAACUACCUGGCAAAGACCCUGACCCGCAGGCAAGUAGCAGUGGGCCAGCCUGGUGCUGGUGGCUACUAGCUGUGCUGCCGCUGGAGAACCGGGCCCAGCUGACCAUCCUGUCCAUGAGCUCCCUGAAGGAACGGCUGCUAGCCAUCCGCAAGGUUCUCAUCUUCGUCAUGCGAAGGAGACCGCGGUGACGUUGGUCGCGUCACACCCUCUGGAACAAUUCGCACAACCCCAGCUGAUCGAGUCACUUUUUUUUUUUCAAAUGUCAAUUGCGUCUUGGUGUCGUUCAAAUCCAACUUUUGCUUACGUGCUGCUGCUUUUUCCUCAAUUUCAUGUCGACAAUGGAAAAUGAUCUCAAACUGCUACUUGCUUUCUUUUGUUUUAAUUGCUGUCACGGCCUGGUUACACAACAAUCUAGCAUAGAGAUACAUCUAUUUGUCCACCAGUCCAUCGUGGAUAAAAUUUAGUAUCCACUUGCUUUGAACUAAAGAAAAACCUUGGAUUAUGUUUUAAGUGCUGCCACAUCCCAUGGACUUUAUUUUAUUGUGGCAAUGCUAGCCUUGGGAACCAAUCACUGUUGUAGCUUUAAACAUGCUACAUGCUAUCAGCUUCACUUAGUUUUAAUUGGCAACGCAACAAACAUCUUAUCGUUGACUUCACAACUUUUUAAUACGUGCAAUUAUAAACGUUUUUUUCUUCUGUUUUACGCUAAUGUACACACCCAAAAAUAAAACAAGCAGAAACUGGGAAAGAAUUAAUCUUUAGCAUAUCAGUGACAGCGUUCCCGACUAAAGUUUCUUCUUUAUUCUCCCGUCUGGUGUUGCAGUUGUACUGUUGAUGCUUGAAUGAGAAACUUGUAAGUGAUCAUGUAACAGGGAGGCCUUUUUCACAUUUCUGUGUGUGUGUGUGUGUGUGUGCAUGCGUGCGCGCGUGACAUUUUCGACAGACUACCUGAAUGUUCUAGUAGCAGCAUUUAUUCUCUUUUCAACUCGAAAGCACUUCAAAAAUGGACAGCUUGCACUUUUGCUGUCUGUCUGACGCACGGAAAAAAAUGUUUUUGCUUAUUUAAUGCUAAAGAAAACUUGUGAAAGGCAGGUGUGGUUUUAAAUGACGGGAAAGAAUGUUUGGUUGAGAAAGGCUAAGUGUACCGUAGCUGCGCUUUUUCUUCUUUCCUUCCAAAUGUUUGCGAUCUGCCUGGCAGGAUUCAUGACAUGCUGCAUUUCCCAGAGAUUAUUUGUAAAGGGAGGUCUUGUACUUAUUUUUUAUUGCCAAUAAAUGAAACCAAAUCAUGAUUAGUUUAAGAAUUGUUUGCUUUUAAGCCUUUAGUAUACAUUUGCUUUAAAAAAAAAAAAAAAAAAAUCUAAAGAGAAAUUACAAUUUAAGUUGGAUAAAAUGCUUUUUUUGUCCUAUACUGAAGUGGUUUUAAUGUUGGAAAUUGUACAUUACAAUAUACAAUAUUUUAACAGGAUAAAAUCUCUUCUUGAUAUUGCAUAUUAUGGUAGGUCUUGGUUCCAAAAACUUGAACUACAGAUGUAGUGUAUAUUGAUCAAAAUUGGUUGCUAAGAGGCAAAAUCGAUGCGGCCAGUGCCUGUGGGACAGUAACUUGUUUAAAACAUAAUUAUUACAUUUGAAGUUCUGAAAAAGAAUCAAAAUUUAUAUUUGACAGAAAACACAAGGCUGAAAAAGCAGUUUCUGCUCUUGCACCUCUCUUUAGAAUAAACAUGUAUUUUAAGUAAUUUAUUAUUCGAAACCUAUAUCGUUUGAUGUCUAAUAUUAAAAAUAAUAUACUAAAAAAAAAAAAAGACUUAAAAAAAGUAUUCACACGCAUAUUUGAAACUUAACAAAUUAUGUCACAAUGAAAAAAAUAAUGUCUGUAAAUAGGUCACGGAUAUCUAAUAACUAUCGCUUCAUUGUAUUUUUUUUUUUUGUUUUUUGUUUUUUUUUGUCGUACUUUGCCUGAUAUUUUAGAUGAGAAGUAAUCGAUCCAAACAAAGAAAAAUUGGGGGGGGGGGAGCACUCAAAAAGGUAAAUAUUUGAUAAGGAAAAUCUCAACCACUCCUUGAUGUCUGCGAUUUCUGCAUAGCGACCCUAGUUAUAUUGCCGUGUUUCACCCAUACAAUCCCCAGAAAGUCCGGCUGUGGCCAUUCACAGCUGUGUAUUUACACUCGGUGAUUUUGGGAUCGAAAUAAGGUAAGUACACAAUAAUAUUACUUUAAAAUCAUGGUGUCUUUAAUUAUGAUCUCUUAGCUCUCACCUCGAGUUAGGGUUUAGUUGUUGUUGUUUUUUAAUGCCCUCCUCUCAAAAAUUGAGAUUUUAGGCUUUCCAAUAAUGGAUCACACAUGCAUAUAGGACAAUUUUGAAAUUUAGCCAAAUUGGGGGUAUCCGUUUUUUUCCGCCAUAUACAUAAGUUUUUUUUUUUUAAAUUUGGGGGGAAAAAAGUGAGAAACGUCUUAUAUGCAGUGCUUAAUUUGUAAAUCAUAAGGCGCCGGAGCACAAAGUACAUAUGACAGUGCAGGGAUG